GAAUGUGAAAGGAUCCCGCCCGCCGCCAUUUUCUUUCUUUCUUGGCAGGCUGGGAGGACGGUAGGAAGUAGUGGAAGGAGACAUGUCGGAUUAUUCUACGGUGCCCCCUCCUUCUUCGGGAGCAGCCGGCGGAGGCGGAGGAGGUGGCGGGGCAGUCAAUGAUGCUUUUAAAGACGCGCUGCAACGGGCUAGGCAGAUUGCAGCAAAAAUUGGAAAUGAAUCAGGGACAUCUGUGAAUUCAAAUGAUUACAGUUAUGGGGGACAAAAAAGACCUCUUGAAGAUGGAGAUGGCUCUUGGACAAGUCCGAGCAGUACAACACACUGGGAGGGAAUGCCCUCUCCUUUUAAAGAUCAACCAGAACCUAAGAAAGUUGCUCCCCCAAACAAUGAUUCUUUUGGAAAUCAGUUACCACCCAUGCAUCAGCAACAGAGGUCUGUAAUGACAGAAGAAUACAAAGUUCCAGAUGGAAUGGUUGGAUUCAUAAUUGGCAGAGGGGGAGAACAGAUAUCUCGCAUACAGCAAGAAUCUGGAUGUAAAAUACAGAUUGCACCUGAUAGUGGUGGGCUUCCUGAAAGAUCUUGUAUGUUGACUGGAACACCUGAAUCAGUACAAUCUGCAAAGAGAUUGCUCGACCAGAUAGUUGAAAAAGGAAGACCUACUCCAGGAUUCCAUCAUGGUGAUGGCCCAGGAAAUGCUGUCCAGGAAAUCAUGAUUCCAGCUAGCAAAGCAGGAUUAGUUAUUGGAAAGGGUGGAGAAACUAUAAAGCAGCUUCAAGAGCGUGCAGGUGUUAAAAUGGUAAUGAUUCAAGAUGGACCACAGAACACUGGAGCAGAUAAGCCUCUUAGGAUCACAGGAGAUCCUUACAAAGUCCAACAAGCAAAGGAAAUGGUUUUAGAUCUAAUUCGUGAUCAAGGUGGCUUCAGAGAGGUACGAAAUGAAUAUGGAUCAAGAAUAGGAGGCAAUGAAGGAUUAGAUGUACCAAUACCACGGUUUGCAGUUGGUAUUGUAAUUGGAAGAAAUGGCGAAAUGAUAAAAAAGAUACAGAAUGAUGCUGGUGUAAGGAUUCAGUUUAAACCAGAUGAUGGAACAACACCUGAUAGAAUAGCACAGAUCACAGGACCACCAGACAGAUGUCAGCAUGCAGCUGAAAUUAUUACAGAUCUUCUUCGAAGUGUUCAGGCUGGCAAUCCUGGAGGUCCAGGGCCUGGUGGUCGUGGUAGAGGAAGAGGUCAGGGAAAUUGGAAUAUGGGACCACCUGGUGGACUGCAAGAAUUUAACUUUAUUGUUCCCACUGGAAAAACUGGAUUAAUCAUUGGGAAAGGUGGUGAAACUAUCAAGAGCAUUAGUCAGCAAUCUGGUGCAAGAAUAGAACUUCAGAGGAAUCCUCCACCAAAUGCAGAUCCCAACAUGAAAUUAUUUACUAUUCGAGGGACACCACAACAGAUUGAUUAUGCUCGGCAGCUUAUAGAAGAAAAGAUUGGAGGUCCAGUAAAUCCUUUGGGGCCCCCUGUGCCUCAUGGACCUCAUGGUGUUGUUCCUGGGCCACAUGGACCCCCUGGGCCACCUCCUGGGGCUCCAAUGGGACCUUACAAUCCAGCUCCUUAUACUCCUGGCCCUCCUGGUCCUGCACCUCAUGGACCUCCAGCACCAUAUGCUCCACAAGGAUGGGGUAAUGCAUAUCCACAUUGGCAACCACCAAAUCCCCCAGACCCUGGUAAGCCAGCAGAUCCUAAUUCAGCAGCAUGGGCAGCCUAUUACGCCCACUACUAUCAACAGCAAGCACAGCCACCCCCUGCAGCUCCACCUAGCGCACCACCUGCCACUCAGACUAACGGACAAGGAGAUCAACCAAAUCCAGCACCAGCAGGGCAGGUAGAUUAUACCAAGGCUUGGGAAGAAUACUAUAAAAAAAUGGGUCAACAAGGGCAGCCACAAGAUUAUUCAAAGGCUUGGGAGGAAUAUUACAAGAAGCAAGGUCAAGCUGUUCCAGCUCCAACUGGAGCCCCACCGGCAGGUCAGCCAGAUUACAGUGCAGCAUGGGCUGAGUACUAUCGACAGCAGGCAGCUUAUUAUGCCCAGACAAGUCCACAAGGAAUGCCACAACAUCCUCCAGCACCACAGGUAAACAGUCUUGAAUUAUUUAGCUAAUACUUUAGUGAGAUACUUUUCAAUUUUUGUGGGGUGGAAUUUUGUUUGUUUUUGCAUGUCUCCCACAUAGCUAUCUUUCUGAAGUAUGCAUUUUUCCUGAUAAAACAUAACUGCAAAUGAAUUAAUGCUCUUUUAAUGGAGAUCUGUGUUUGUCUUUGCAUACAUUCAGUGUUUGUGAUCUAAAAAUUUCUCCUCAGGGUUUUUGAAAGCCAUGCAGGAAGCCACCACCAUUGCAUUAACCAAAUUUUCUUUCUUAAAGGCUUCAGUCCUGAGUUAGCGCAAUUUUUUUAAAAAUAUUUUCUUUAACUUUUUGUGUAUUUCUUAUGUAUUUCUUCGCACAGGGCCAAUAAUAAGAAGUGGACAAUACAGUAUUUGCUUCAUUAUGUGGGGGAAAAAAACCUUUGUUAAAUGUAUGGAUGCAGACGCCUUGAUGAAGAUCAUAAUUUUGUUUGGUUAAAAAUAGUGUUUUUUUGAAAUGUACAAAAUAUCUAUCACAACUGAUAGGAGGUAAUAUUUCUGUGUAGAAAUGGAAAUUGGUUUGUUUUUAGUACAUUAGUGUAGAUGUACACAUUCCAGCAAAUGUAUUUGCAACUAUUAUGUGGUCAAUGCUUUGUGAUAUAAAUGUACUUUUUCAAUGUAUACUUGAUCACUUUUAAAUGCUUGUUUUGUGCUUUGCAAUAAAUAAUAUGAAACCUCCUGUGUUGGUAAGUUGGAUAUGUGGGUACUCAAGAGAAUUCAACAAUAUUUUUUUUAAUAAUUCUGUACAUGUACACAAGUAAGACUUUUCCCCUCUCUUUUAAGUUCAGGCGUGAUGUUGGUAUUUCCCCAGAAUAGGUUUAUAUAGGGAUCUCUUUUGUGAUUGUAUGUUACUAUUUAGCAUUCUGAUAUCUUCCUCUCUUUCUACUUGUGUAAAAAUUGCAUGUAUGUGAAGGUAUUUCUUGACAUACUUCUGCAUUAACAGUUGAAAUUUCUUUUUUAUUCAUGACCACUGUCCUAGACCCGUAUAGCUGCUAUAGUUAACAUUUGUUUUAUGUAUGAUUUAAUUCUUUAGUAUAUUUUCCAGACACAUUAUUAAAAUCAGUUAUCUAGAAAAAUAAAAUGUGCUAAGCGGUUGGUUUGAAGCACUUUGCUAUAGAAUUCAGUGUAGUAAGGAUGAUUAUGCUUUUUAGUUAUAAAACUGCAUUUGUUGUAGAAACAUGCUGUUUGAGUCUUGGAAUGCUUAAUGAAAAAAAAGGUUUUUUCAGAUAAGGUUUGUUUUUAAAUGUUGAAAGACUAGUUUUUAAGUUAUGUUUGAAAAGUCUCUAUCAUACGUUUUACUUUUAAUAAUUCUAAUUGAAAAUUGGUGUUCUGUUAAAAUCCACUGUUUGCUUUUUUGCAUAUAUUAGAUUACAUGCAAUACAGUUUGUCUUGCCAUUGUCUGUUGAAGUGCAGGUUUGAUCCAGCCAGUAUAGAACUAGCUCUGUAGGGGUGAGGAGGACUGUGCUGUGUAUCAUCCUUGAUUGUUCCUUCAAGGAGCAUUGCACUGUAAGUACAUCAGAGUGACAAAAUGAUGAACUGCAACAGUAUCUUUUUGUCAGUGUUCCACAUAAUGCAAAUGCCAUACCUGUGUGAAUAUUAUGUUGGAAUAAAAUACAGUGCUGAUAUUUUAGAAAAUUACAAUUGGUUGUUUAAUCAGAUACCUAGAUAUGCAUAAAUAUGUGUGUGUAUGGGUAAGUAUUUUGAGAUAUUUAGCUUUAGCUAAAGAAUUCAUCAAUGAACUAACAUUGUUCAUUAGGGUUUCAGAAAUGAGAUAUAUUCAGAUAUCAACUUAUAAAUUGUUAACAUUUAAAAAUGCUUGUCAGGAGGAAGUUGUUUUUGUCUUCAGUUGUCUGCAUAUAUUUAGCGAUGCAGCUAUAUGCUAUUUUUCUAAAUCUUUAUUAGCCUUAUCUUUAGAAAAUCAUUUUGUUGUUUUGGUGUGUUCACUUAGAGUGGCUGCAAGAGAAGAACUGAAUGUGGUCUAAAAUGAAGUAGUAUUAUUGCAAAAAUAAUUAGAAAUGCAUUUGUUCUACUGUAGAAUCAGGAGGGAUUUUUUUUAUCCAAGUUUAGUUUAGGAUUUACAUUUUGAAAAGACUACUAGAAGUUAAUAAAUAUAUAGAGAAGUAGGUUAUGAAGUCUCUUAAAUAUUUUGCAUGUUAAAUCUGUAGCUUAUUGGAAAAUGGUGUAGUUAUUAACUAAACAGAACAAACAUUCACCUGAUUCUUUAUCAUUCACCAAAUGGAGGCUGUUGAUUUUGAUUCAUUUAAAGUAUAAAAUCUUUAUUAAUUGCAAACAGUGCAAUUAUUUAUACUUCACAGUGCCUUCCCAGAUCUUCCACCUUAGGUUCUGCUGCAAAAAGCACAGGUAAGCACAACCUAAGGAAGUGUAUAAAUACAUAUUUCAGUAUAUCAAUGUUGUCCCUGUGAGAAUUUUUUUGUGCUUGUGUAUUCAAAAGCAAUCUGCCAAUAUCUUUUCCCAAAUGUAUUCUGCUAUUCAUGGUUUCAUUCCAAUGAGAAUUCUGAAACAAUUAUUUACAUUUCUGGGUAAAUGUGUAUCUUUAUUUUUUUUAAAGAUAAGUGGAUUGCUGCAAUAAUUUUUGAGUAAGUCACUUUUACUACUUUCCCUCAAUAGUUGUUACAAAUGAAUAUAAAAUAUUUUUUCAAGAUACAGGAAAUCUUGGUCAGAACUUCAACAGCCUUCACAAAUGCUUCUAUAAUGUGGAUGUUAUACCCAAAUACUACGUAUUCGAAUAUACUGUAUGUUUCUCUCAAUCUUAAGAUGAUACACCAUAAACCAUAAAUUAAUGUAGCUUGAUUAUUUCAUGCAGAAGGAAAAGAAAAGUGAGAUUUUACUUUUGCAAAAUAGUUCUAAAAAAUAUUGUGCCAGUGAUAUGUUAACAAGUUUGGCAGAUCUUUUCUUUUUAUAGCAAUUUCCUUCCUACUUUGCUAUUUCAGCUGAAUUGCUGUAUAUUUUUGCUAGUUUUAAAAUGUUUUGUAUAUGACUUACCUAGGUAGCUUAAUUUUCAGUUUAAAUAGACAAUUUUAAGGCAGUACCAUCAGUUUUUGUUUGUCACUUAAUAAAAUGUUUUGAUUUUAUCGAAAGUCCUGCUUUUCUGUGCAUGAAAGGAAAAUAUUCAAAAACCCUGCCUUCAUUUUCACACACAGUGCUGAAGAUGCUGCAAGCACCAAAUCAUAGCUCAUAAAAUCAGGUCCUGAGAUAGUUACUUCCAAUAAAGAGGAUUCCUUUGAGUGUAUGGCCCUGGUGAGCCGAUGAGCAUGGACCAUAGAAGGGCUCCAUGUAGAAGGUAAAAUUGGCAAAAACAAUACCGAUUUUAAAUGUAUCCCAUACUUAAUGGUGUAGGGUAUAAUUUGCCUGUUUUUAUCGCUUCUCAUUCUUUAAAGUGCUAUUUGCUUGACCAUAAAUGUUCCAUAACUUGUUAUGUGAUAAUUAUAAAAAUUAUUUAUCAGUUUACACUUUGCUAAAUAGUCAAGCAUGGGAUAUGUCUUGCGUUUACAACUAAAUCAGUAGUUGUACUUGAAUUCCCUCAAGCCACUUUAUUUUAUUUUAGGGGGGGUUAUACUUUGAUAUGUCAGAGUAAUUUUUAUAUGAAAGCUAGCUACAUGCUGAAGAGCUUCAUCUUGGUUGAAUUUUGUUUCACCAUUAUAAAAAAAACUUGUUUUUUUCCUAUUCAUCUUUAACAAACAGCAUACAUUGAAAUUUUAAGUCAAAAUCAGGAGGUGUAAGGGGGGAAACGUUGUUGACGUAGGAGGUGAAGAUCUGUGUUAAUAAUUUUUGUUUCGGUGGACCUAUAGGCAUCUUCUUGUACUAUAGCUUUUAUUUUUGGUUUGUCCGAUUUCUUUCAGAAAGAUAAGGUUGAAGUGUUCUACUCUCAAUAUGGAACCUUUGAGCCGAAUCCAUAGAUAGUUUUUCCUUGUGCAGUUUGUGUGUUAUAGCAGGAAUAUAUUUCUAAAUUCUAAUUGAAUCCCAGGAUUAAAUGAAAGUAAUGAAUGUUUUAAAACAGAGGAACAUCUUAAUUUCAACUAAUGUCUUUAGAUUAUCUGUUGGUAUGUGUUCUGUAUAGGAUAUUUGCUAGUUAAAAACAAUCUUUAUCUAGAGUUUUGUAAAUUACACCUCAGUGAUCUUGAUAGGUAGGCUGUAUCAUUCACUAAUCCUUUCUUCUAAAAAUAUUGUCAAUUGGGAUACAUUUCAUAAGUUUUGAGGGUAGAAUUUUAAAUUUUUCUUUGUGUAUUAGGGUUUUUAUAAAGUAAAACAUUGGGUCCUACAGAAUAUGUACAAUAGAUCCAUUUUUCUAUUUGUAGUACCCUAUCAAACUCUUACAUUUAUGCAACUUUAUCUUAAUAUGCAUGAAAGGCAUUUUCGUCCUGAGAAUAGUGUUCUCUGCAGAAACUACCCGUGUUAAAAAAGAAGACUGUCUUUUAAAGGCUACUGUGAUGGGAAGUAUCUUAGGCAGAUGCAGCUUGGACGUGAGGUAAAUCCAAUGCUUUCCAGUAUGUUGUGUUGAGCUUGCCUAUUGACAAUGUAUGUACUCAUGAAAAUACAUUAAUUGUACUGUUUUGUAUGAAUUCUCAAUAAAUGUAAACUAAUGGA